UCAGCGCGAGGCGGAGAGUGGCGGAGGAUUCAAACAGAAGAUGGCGGCUGAGAAGGAAGCAGACAGAAACAAACAGAGUCGCAGGGAUACAUUUUGUAAUGUUGUCAUCAGCCAUGAGACCUGUCCACGGAGCCAGCCCAUCAUCUUCAAUCCUGAUUUCUUUGUGGAGAAGCUGCGGCACGAGAAACCUGAUGCUUUCAUGGAAUUGGUUCUCAGUAACAUCACACGGCUGAUUGACCUUCCAGGGACUGAAUUUGCUCAGCUCCUGGGGGAGAUGGAUCCCAAACUGCACAGUGGGGCUGGGGUGGCAGCAGGGUUUCUUCGCUCUUUAAACUUUCUCAAACGCAAAGAUAAAGGUGUUGUAUUUGGAGCCCCUUUGACUGAGGAAGGGAUUGCACAAAUUUAUCAGCUAAUUGAGUAUUUGCACAAAAACCUACAUGUGGAAGGGCUGUUCCGAGUCCCUGGGAACAGCAUCAGGCAGCAAGCUCUGAAGGAGUGUCUGAACAACGGCAUUGAUAUAGACCUGGAUUCUGGGGAAUAUCAUCCUAAUGACGUGGCCUCCUUGCUCAAAACGUUUCUCGGGGAGCUGCCUGAAACACUGCUGACUCAUAAGCAUUACCAUGCUCAUCUUAAAAUAGCAGACAUGACCCUGUUUGAUGAGAAGGGGAAUAAGACCACAGUUCCAGACAAAGCGCGUCAGAUUGAGGCUCUGCAGCUGCUGUUCAUGCUUCUCCCACCUGCCAAUCGCAGCCUCCUGAAGCUCCUGUUGGAUCUUCUCUACCAGACUGCCAGGCAGCAGAAGGAAAACAAGAUGUCUGCCUCUAACCUGGCCCUCAUGUUCGCCCCUCAGAUCAUGUGGCCAAAAAAUCUGACGGCAUAUGACCUCCAAGAGAACAUGAUGAAACUGAACUAUGGCAUGGCAUUCAUGAUCAAGCACUCUCAGAAAAUAUUCCGGGCACCUGUUUACAUUCGAGAGCAUGCCAGGAUACAAUUUUCAGGAUCCAAAAUUGUUCAGUCCAAGGAUGACUUGGACCUCUUGCCAUCUCAAGUCUCCAAAGGCCUGCUCCCCUCUAAGCGGAACUGCAUCAAUCCACCCUGCUCCCAACCAGACGACAGUCGCUGUCACACAGAAGAGGCGCUGAAGGAGCUCUUCCGCCAUGUCCACAACAUGCCAGAAUCCGCUAAGAAGAAAAAAAUAGUUAGACAGUUUAAUAAGCAGACGACCCCCAGUACUCCAGUGUUUGACACGCAGACACCUCCCAGGAAGAAGCACGCCAGAUCUCGCUCAUUUGGAGGACUAAUAAAGCGUAAAGUAUUGGGGAACCAAUUUGUAAUGGAAAAGAAAAACAAAACUGUGACCCCAGAAGCAACUAUUUGUAGCUCAGGACAGAUAGACAAAGCGUGUAAAGAAAACAUCACUCUCAAUGUGGAAUCCUGCAGUCUUACAGGUGUCUGCUUUUCCCCAAUGGACGAGUCUUCUGUUUAGGAGUUCAGUAAAAUUGGUCUUUAGUUCAGCUUUGAUUGUGAGAUAUUCUUUACACAUUACCUCUAACAUGAACUUACCUUAUUUUUGCAUGGACUGCAUUAUUGAGCCAUAUAGACAUUUCAUUGUACUGUAUAUAUGUUAAUAUAUUUAACUUUGUAAUGCCAUAUUGCACACAGCAGGGGGAUGGAACGUGAACUUUUAAUUUGUAUUAGUAGAUAUAUAAGUUUGUAUUCUAUUGCCUGUAAGGUAACCUUACUAGCUUUUAAAGGCACAGGUGCCAUUACUGACUGCUGCACCUACCUGUAGUUAUCAAAGCCACUGCUUUAUAGUUCGGCCCAUAUAAAAUCAGUUUAGUUCCUUCUGUACCAGUACUUCACCAGUUAAGCUGAUACUGAUCUAUUUGCCAACACUUUAUUACAUAAUUUGUUUUUUGCCAAAGUAUUAUAAUCAUGCCUGGUUAACUUGAUUGAUAUAGGCCCACAACUCUGGAAGUGCUUAGAGCACAAUCUGACUGCUCCACCUCAAGAGGUGGGUUUACUAAAGUACUGGCUUGCUGUGAAGGAUGUGGUUUUGUCUGUUUGCCAGUAGUAGAAUACAUUUGGCACCACAUGAAAAUACUACCUUACUCCGGGGGUCUGCCCACAAUAAAUGGAAAAAGAUGAAACAUCAAUACAAGUCUUAAAAGUUGAGUGUUGGAGGGAGUUCAUUAAUGCACCCCAUAUCUUCACAACCCUUAACCAAAAAGAUGAAUUCAAAACCCUGCUGGAGUGCUCUGUAACAAGUUGGGUAUUUGAGGGAACUGAAACCAUAAGUAAACUAAGAUAUAGAAUGAUUCAGUUCAGUUGCGAAUCCAACAGUUACUCUACUGUCUAAUAUAAUUGAUAGUCUUAAAUUAAAAAAAAUCCUGUGGUUUUAGCACAUAUUACUGCGUUGUUAUAGAGUAGGUAGACUUUUAAAAAGCAUGCAUCUCUUUUUAUUUUAGUCUGAAAGUCUGGAGAAGGAUGUUGGUUUUGGAAAGUGAUAUAAUGACAUUGAUUGGGGUACUGAAUACUGUAAGGAAGGGGCUGUUUUUUUAUUGCAGGUGAAUUUUAGAUUAUAAUAAACAAGCGGCAGCUAUUAUUACUCAACAUGCUCUUG